AUGCUUGCUUCCAGACAGGUUCUGGGCAGUAUUGCUCGGGGCCGCGCCGUCGGUGGCGCGGCCAGCAGCGUUCGCCGUCUGGCUACCGUCUCUGAUUCUGCUCUCGACCGAAAGGUCCGCCAGAACAACUGGGAGGAGAACAACUUCAUCAACUACAAGAAGAUGUCUGAGAACCUCUCCAUUGUCCGCAGCCGGCUCAACCGACCCUUGACCUUUGCCGAGAAGAUCCUGUACUCUCACUUGGACGACCCUCACAACCAGGAGCUCGAGCGAGGCAAGUCUUACCUCAAGCUGCGCCCUGAUCGUGUGGCUUGCCAGGAUGCCACUGCCCAGAUGGCCAUUCUUCAGUUCAUGUCCGCUGGCAUGGACUCUGUCGCGAACCCUACCACUGUCCACUGUGACCAUCUGAUUGAGGCCCAAGUCGGCGGCGCCAAGGAUCUUGAGCGCGCCAUUGGUAUCAACAAGGAGGUCUACGAUUUCCUGUCUUCUGCUUGUGCCAAGUACAACAUUGGUUUCUGGCGCCCUGGCUCUGGUAUCAUCCACCAGAUUCUCCUUGAAAACUAUGCUUUCCCCGGUGGUCUCCUUAUUGGUACUGACUCUCACACCCCCAACGGUGGUGGUCUUGGUAUGGCCGCCAUUGGUGUUGGUGGUGCUGACGCUGUCGACGUCAUGGCUAACCUGCCUUGGGAGCUGAAGGCCCCCAAGAUCCUCGGUGUCAAGCUCACUGGUCAGCUGUCUGGCUGGACUGCGCCCAAGGACAUCAUCCUCAAGGUCGCUGAUAUCCUGACUGUCAAGGGUGGCACUGGCUCCAUUGUUGAGUACCACGGCCCUGGUGUUGAGGGCAUCUCUGCCACCGGUAUGGGUACCAUCUGCAACAUGGGUGCCGAGAUUGGUGCCACUACUUCUCUUUUCCCAUUCAACGACCGCAUGUACGAUUACCUUGCCGCUACCAAGCGAAAGGAUAUCGGAGAUUUCGCUCGUGCUUACGCUACUGAACUUCGCGAGGACCAGGGUGCCGAGUAUGAUCAGCUUAUCGAGAUCAACCUGUCUGAGCUCGAGCCCCACAUCAACGGCCCCUUCACUCCCGAUCUGGCCACUCCCAUCUCCAAGUUCAGCCAGGCCGUCAAGGACAACAACUGGCCCGAGGAGCUCAAGGUCGGUUUGAUCGGCUCUUGCACCAACUCCUCCUAUGAGGACAUGUCUCGCGCUGCCUCUAUUGCUCGCGACGCCCUCGACCACGGUCUCAAGUCCAAGGCUGUUUUCACUGUUACUCCUGGCUCUGAGCAGAUCCGCGCUACCAUUGAGCGUGAUGGCCAGCUCCAGACCUUUGAGGAGUUUGGCGGCAUUGUCCUUGCCAAUGCUUGCGGCCCUUGCAUUGGUCAGUGGGAUCGCCAGGAUGUGAAGAAGGGUGACGCCAACUCCAUCCUCUCCUCAUACAACCGAAACUUCACUGGACGCAACGACGGCAACCCCGCCACCCACUCUUUCGUCACCUCUCCCGACCUGGUUGUUGCUCUCUCCAUUGCUGGCUCUCUGCACUUCAACCCCCUUACCGACUCGCUUGUUGGCAAGGAUGGCAAGGAGUUUAAGCUUAAGCCUCCUACCGGCGAUGGUCUCCCUGUCAAGGGCUAUGACGCCGGUCGCAACACCUACCAGGCACCCCCCAAGGAGCGUGCUAGCGUCAACGUCCAGGACGCCAAGGAUGUCCCUAUCCUGAUCAAGGCCAAGGGCAAGACCACCACUGAUCACAUCUCCAUGGCUGGACCCUGGCUGAAGUACCGUGGCCACCUUGACAACAUCUCCAACAACAUGUUGAUUGGUGCCAUCAACGAGGCCAACGACGAGGCCAACAAGAUCAAGAACUUCACCACCGGCGAAUGGGAUGCCGUCCCCGCUGUUGCCCGUGACUACAAGAAGAAGGGUAUCAAGUGGGUUGUCAUUGGUGACUGGAACUACGGCGAGGGUAGCUCUCGUGAGCACGCUGCUUUGGAGCCUCGUCACCUGGGAGGCCUGGCCAUCAUCACCCGAAGCUUUGCCCGUAUCCACGAAACCAACUUGAAGAAGCAGGGUAUGCUUCCUCUGACUUUCGCUAACCCCGCCGACUAUGACAAGAUCAAGCCCGAUGACAAGGUUGACAUUCCUUGCACCGAGCUCGCCGUUGGAAAGCCCCUUACCAUGGUUGUCCACCCUAAGGAGGGCAGCCCCUUUGAGGUCGAGCUGCUGCAGACCUUCAACGAGGCCCAGAUUGAGUGGUUCAAGAACGGAAGCGCCUUGAACACCAUGGCCAAGAAGUCCAAGAACUAA